AACAACAUCCGACGCAUUGCUCAUCUUGGAUACACAUCCCUAAGCAGCCUUUGCCAUUGGAUACAUGCUCUGGGGAUGUCACUGAGGCAACCGAAUCAUAAGGGGUUUGACACACAAACGGAAAUCCAGCCCUUGACUUUGUACUGGCUGUUGUAGUGUUGAGUCCGUAGAUUCGUGGGCGAGGUUUCUGGCGACUGGAUGCGGCCAUUGGGCUAUUUACAGAUCCGUUAAAUGGGGAGAAAGACGUCUCUUUCUCGUCGCUACGGAAGCCGACAGGACAGCGGCUGGUUGCGCGGCGGCGGUGGGUCUCCACCCGAGAGUAUGGCGGCCAGGAAUGCUUUGCUGUGCGAAUAAGAUCCAGCGAGAGAUGAGAGACGAUGAAAGGAAUCAAAGGGGUGAAACUUGUUACAUCAAAACGUUGAUAUUCUUGUAAUAUAGCAGUAUUUCAUCGGAUUACGCACGCGUCUCUUGGAGGAAAAACGGGGUCUUUCCAGGUUUGCCAUCUAAUGCCCUCGCUGGAGUAGCAAGUUUUGUUUUUUUAUGAUGCUUAACAGUGGCUACCGAAACAGAUGAAAAGGCACAAGUUAUUCCCUGCUGAUUCGCUUUGUUCUACCUUGACGCGUGAGACAAUUGCAGGCAGCAUAACUAGAAUAAUCUUCAAUAUCUAGGCUGCCUCGAUUUUUUUUACAAUGAAGCCCAUCUAUGUGCACCCACGUCUUUGUGCUCUGGCUGUUUAUUUCUCAUAGCUAAGCAGUGGUGGUAAACGGGGUAGCCAUAGUCUUUACAUACCCGCAAGAAUGGGCCGGGGUCUGUAGCCCGAUUGGCAGUGUUUGUGCGCGGAUUUAUUUUUGAAAAUAUUUCAAUGCCGAGUGGCAAGUGAUCGCAUCGGACAGUAUUUUUGCUUUAUCCGCUAAAGAGGGGCGAGAUGCGCGAGUACAAAGUGGUGGUCCUCGGGAGCGGUGGGGUCGGGAAAUCCGCCCUCACGGUGCAGUUCGUCACCGGGACGUUCAUUGAAAAGUACGACCCCACAAUAGAGGAUUUUUACCGUAAAGAAAUCGAGGUGGAUUCAUCCCCCUCGGUCCUGGAGAUUCUGGACACGGCUGGCACGGAGCAGUUUGCGUCUAUGCGGGAUCUCUACAUCAAGAACGGCCAAGGCUUCAUUCUGGUGUACAGUCUCGUCAACCAACAGAGUUUUCAAGACAUAAAACCUAUGCGAGAUCAGAUCAUCAGAGUAAAAAGGUAUGAGAAGGUUCCGGUGAUCCUGGUGGGGAACAAGGUGGACCUGGAGAGCGAGCGGGAGGUGUCGUCGAGCGAGGGCCAGGCGCUGGCCGAGGAGUGGGGCUGCCCCUUCAUGGAGACCUCGGCCAAGAGCAAAACCAUGGUGGACGAACUGUUCGCCGAGAUCGUGCGGCAGAUGGACUACGCCGCCCAGCCGGACAAGGACGACCCCUGCUGCUCCUCUUGCAAUAUACAAUAGCCCCGCCACACGGCCACACGCCACAGGCCACGCUCACGCCACGCUCGCGCCACGGACCUGUAACGGAGACUCAGUCAUGACGAGAUGAGACGGAGAAGGAAAACAAACAAACAAACAAACGCACGUACUGCUCGAGUGGUGGACAGCUUAAAAGGUGUUUCUCUUUCUCUUUGGUGCAUACAAAAAAAGUCCCUCAUGAAGUAAUUGAAAUAAAAUAAAAAAACAAUGGUUAUGUUUAUGAUUCAAAGGAGGAAGACGAAAUGAGACAUCUUUAUUAGCCAUAAACCCUGAGGAACUGGACUGGACAACACAACACAAAACAGAGCACUCGCCUUAUGCCAUCCUGUUUUCUAGUGGUUGAGAAAAUUUUGAGAAAUUAGCGCAGGAUCUUCAAAGUGGGUUUUUAAAGGAAUCCUUUUUAUGUUCAGCUGUGGUAUAAUUUGGUGAUAUUUCAUUGAAACUGGUUUCAUUUUAGUCGUGUGAGUGUGUGUGAGUGCGUAUGUGAGUGUGUAAGCGCGUUUGUGAAGUUUGUUGACAUGACCCAGUUUUUCUGUGCACUUUUUUUUUUUUUUGCUUGAGCCUCCUUUUUUUUUUUAGCUUGAGCCUUCCUCACUUUAAGUUACACAGGCACAGCGGCCGACAUCUACUGCACAGCCCUCUGGGAAUGAGAUCCCCCCCCCCACACACACCGCACCUCUAAUCUACUUGUUUUAAAACAUUGAUGGGUAAUUGAUUUGUGUACUCCCCGGUUUCUCUCACUGCGGAACUCUAGAAACCGAGCCUCCAGUCUGGAGGAUGUUUUGUACUCCCCCAUCACAGUCACAACCAAAGAGGCGACUUGAAAGCGCCUCAGUUCUUUCUAGUCGUUUGUUUUCUUUUUUCUUUUUCUUUCUUUUUUUCUUUUCUUAUGUGUGUGUGUGAGAGAGUUUUUUUUCUUUGUAGAGAAGGGAUUUUAAAAAGGAUGGGUACCCAUCUCUGUUACCUUGAGGAUCUGUACCAUGAUGUCUUCACCCUCACUCUUCAUCCGUGGAGAUCUUGAGAGAACAUGCACAUUAUUUUUCUCUCCCUCUCUCUAUCUACAUAGAGGGUGGGCUCCACACAGUGUCAUAAUAAAGGACUUGCUUUUCCAGUGAGUCUUUGGAACUGACUUCAGUCUGGUGUUUUGCGGAAAACUGUGUUUUUCAAGAAUGCAGGACAUUUUAUUUUUCUCAUCAAGGUGCCAUCAAUCGUUCUACUAGCCACUUCUGACAUGUCGUUUCUGAUUGGGUAUUAAGAUAUUUUUGAGGUGCUGAGAGCUUUGUGGAGGUUCUCACUCAUCCUUCAUGUAUGCAGAGCAUUCAUUACAAAACGAUAGUAAUAAUAGUGUAAUAAUGACGAUGCUAAUAAAGAACAGUCAUUAACUGUAGUGUAAAUAAUUUUGUAUGGACGGUGCCAGCUCCUCUUGGGACACACAAGACGUUAACAAACACUCAUGUGGAAUUGUCAUCUGUAUGCAUGGCUAGUGAAACAAAAAAGGACUUGAACUUUUAUUUUUAUUUUUUUAAAGAUUUUUUUUUUUUGAGGAGGUGGAAAUGCGCCAUCCAAACACUGUCACGUCUGGAGCCAGGGACACUGGUCUGCUUACAUACAUCUGUGAUGACCAGAGGGAGAACGGUGUUCCCUCCACAUUGUUUAUUUUAGUUUUUCCAUUUUUUUUUUUAAUGUGAGUAUUUACUCUUUCCCUCCUCCCCCCCUCCUCCCCUCCCCCCUAAAUGAAUGGUGACACGGUUUCAUUUGGCAU